AUGCCAAAAAUUGUGCGCACCGUCAGGAUGGCGUUUGCUGGUACAAAUGUCAGUUUGUCCCAGCCGGAUAUAACGCAAAAACUGACGGAGCGCAUAGAUGAUCUGAAGCAAAGAAUCGCUGCUUGGGGAAAGCGGAUUCGGCGAUAUACCGAGAGGUCGACACGGUUCAACCAGAAUCGUCUCUUCCAGAGUGAUCAGAAGAAGCUCUAUGCAUCAUUGGAGCGACCAAUAGUAAGUGGAACGGGCCCAGCACCGAAUCAGGCCGACACUGUAGCAUUUUGGCGCGGCCUGUGGUCAGAGCCCGUAAACCACAGCGACGGCCCUCGGACGGAAGUUGUGGCGAGUCAGUGUGCGGGUAUUACGCCCAUGGACCCCGUCAUCAUAACACCCGAUGACGUAGCUGAGGCGGUCCGUGGGGCCCCGAAUUGA